AAAAAAAUGGCAAAUCGUCAGCAAGGCAUUCCCUUUUUCAUUAGUAAUAAUAACCAGCAACAAUUGCAACCACAACAGCAACAACCCAUGACUUUAAAUCAAUUUUUUGUUGAUAAUUUAUUGUCGCAUAAUAAUAAUACUUUUUCUUUAGGUUUGAAUAGUCCUACGGGAUUUUCUUCAUCACCAGUAUUACCAAAUUCAGGUUAUGGAAUGCUUCCUACACAAGGAUCACAACCGGUUUAUUUAUUUGCAUCACCACAUGCCUCGACACAGAUAUCACUUCAUCAUCAUGAUCAAUAUUAUAACAUGUCGUGCCAAUGUAUUGUGAAGUUUGAUGAAUUGAAAGAAGGAAGCCAAUAUCCUAUUUUUCCAACUGACAUGUUCAAGUAUAUUGAGCCAACUAUUCUUGAUGGAGUUGCCAUGGAAGGUGUUAUUCAUGUACCUUUGAAGGAUUUUCAUUAUCUUCAUGCUUGGUGUAUUCAUACAGUAAUACGUAGAAUGGGAAUUCCAACUCUUCAAAUGCCAGUUGGUAAUUUUAGAAAAAUUGGAAAAGGUGGUUUUGGAUUUGUGUAUAGAAUUAGUCAAGAUAGGGUUCUCAAGAUUGUUGACGAUAAAAACAAUAGUGGUUGGAAGGAGGCCCUGAAAAGGUUUUGUCAUCCUCAUCUGUUGGAAUUGAAAGAAGCUUUUAUGUAUCCUGGAGGAGGUUUAGUGUUGUUGGUAUAUCCAUUCAUGAAACAUGGCACAUUGAGGAAUAGGGAGUUCACACUCACUCAAAUUUGGAAAGUUAUUUGGCAAUUAGCAAAUGGAUUGGAACAUUUACACCACAACAAUAUUGUUCACAGAGAUAUUAAAUUGGAUAAUGUACUAAUUGAGGAAAUUGAUGAAUAUGAGAAUAUCAAGGUGGUCUUGUCAGAUUUUGGAUUGUCCAGAAAUAUGGAUUCUUGCAGUUCUGGAGCUGCAGGUACCGAUGGAUAUGUUCCUCCAGAAUUAUUGGAAUCAGGAGAAGUUGCAAGCGAUGAGACUGACAUCUUUUCUCUUGGAAAAACAGUGAGUACAAUGUGUCUUGGGGAAUUAAUUCCUGGAUUUAUCAAGUUCAAGCCUAGAGAUUCUCUCACCGAUCUUCUGAAUAGAAUGAUGGACAAAAAACCCCAUUGUAGACCUUCUACAAGGGAAAUACAAGAAAUAUGUCUGAAAGAACUGAAGUUGUUGAAUGGAAAGAGAUAUUUCACCAAAUUCAAACUUGACAAAUCGUCGUUGGAAAGUAACACCCCACUUCCAAAAAUUUCUUCUAACGAAUCUAAAUUAUUUAUGACCGAUGAUUUAGAAGAAAGUCUCUCCAGAAUGUCCAUCUCAAACUCAAAGAAAAGCAAGGUCUAUGAGAUUAAUGGAGAAACACGUUAUUUAUCCAGCAGUAGCUGCCCUAAAACUGUGGAUGCCAUGUCAAUGAGUGACACCAAAUCCAAACCAAGAAAAACUCCAAGCACUAAGGAAAAGAGCUUGCCCAAUAAUGAAACAGAGCCAAUUAAGAUCACGAACUUUAUCACAACCACUCCAACUCCAACUGUAAUUAAUAAGAAACUAACUCCACAACAAACAGAUCACAAAUAUUCAUUUAAACUCCAUAAGGAUGGUUGUGUGGAUGCUAAGCGAAUAAUCCAAAUCGAAUGUGAUUCCCAGGCACGAAAAGCUAUCAAAUCACUCAAACUUCAAGUGAAAAAUAGCAAAUCAUCCACUGGACUAUUAGAUGUCACUCCCAACAUUGAAAAGGAAAAUGACAACUCUUAUGUAAUCUCCAAAUCUCAAAAGACCUCUCUCUUAAAGAAUGUUCAGUUUGAGGGUGAGAGAGGAAAGGACGUUAUUGAAUUGUAUAUUAAUGACACACUCAAAGAUAAGGCUCCAUACGUGGCAAAGAAUUAAAUUACUUUGUGAA